AUAUAAAAGCCUAAGCGGCUAAGAAAAUUAAUAGAGAAUAUAAUAUUUUAUCUGGUAGAUGAAAUGUUGCCAUUUUAUAUUAUCUUAACCUUAUUCGGUUCCCUAUUGUGCCAGGAAGAUGUUCCUCCCGUUGACCACACGGCUUCUUUACAAUUACUUCAUAUAAUAGUGCGCCACGGAGCCAGAACCCCUAUUUCGCUAUACCCCAAUGAUCCAAACGUAAAUUACGAAUAUAAAGAAGGAAAUGGACAACUAACAAACACAGGAAAGCUUCAACAGUAUACACUGGGAAAAUAUUUCAGAGAGCGUUAUGCCAAUUACAUAUCGUCGAAUCCCAGAGAACUGGUGGCUAGAAGUUCCCAGAAGGAUAGAACAAUUAUUAGCGGAUUAUGCCAUUUGGCCGGACUCUACGCACCUAAGGAAGAGUGGCAAUUUAGUGAGGAGUUAAAUUGGCAGCCUAUUAGAAUACUGACAUCACCGCCUAAGACGGAUGGACUAUUGUACGAAGGGGCCGUAUGCCCAGAAGCCAAAGCCGAACAACAUAGAAUCAGAAACAGUCCGGAAGGAGAAGCUUACAGAAGUCAAUUCACCGAGCUUUUCAAUUAUGUUACCAAUCAUAGUGGAAUGACCGUCGAUGAUUGGGAAACUGCCGCCGACAUUUUCUCCACACUGAAGAUUGAGAAAAGCCACAAUUUGAUAAUUCCCGAUUGGGUUACGGAUGAAGUUUAUCAAAAACUACAGGAAAUAUUCCACGAUUCGUUCUAUUAUAGUUAUAAAACUACGAAAGUACAAAGACUUCGAGCAGGCGUUUUAAUUGGUGACAUGACCAAUCAUAUGCAAGAAAGAAACACGGGACAAUUAAAUAAUCUUACCAAGGUUUAUGCCUAUUUUACCCACGACGCUAACAUCGCCGCCCUCCUGAAUGCCUUGAAGAUAUUUAACGGGCGAGCCCCGCCCUUCUGCGCAGCCAUUGUAGUAGAAUUUCAUAAAAUCCAAGAUACUUCUUGCGUUAAAGUAUUUUAUUCGAAUGCUACCAAUCCGGAAAGCGGGGAGCAACGCGUUCAUUUAAUGACGUUACCCGAUUGCGGAUUGGCGUGCUGCCCAUUGGACACUUUCGUAGCUAUUACUCGAGAUCUCGUACCCGUCGAUUGGGAGAAAGAAUGUCAACUGCAGACAGAGGACGAUUCAGGUAACACGGAGAUUUCGCGCCACGGAGCCAGAACCCCAAUUAUUCUUUAUCCGAACGAUCCGAAUAAAAAUCACCGAUACAAAGAAGGACUCGGACAAUUAACAAACACCGGCAAACUUCAACAGUACGCUCUGGGAAAGUAUUUCAGGAAGCGUUACCAUAAUUUUAUCACGUCCAACCCGAGAGAGGUAGUGGCUAGAAGUUCCCAGACGGACAGAACAAUCACCAGCGGGUUGUGCCAUUUGUCCGGACUGUACGCGCCCUCCAAGGAAUGGCGGUUUACCGAAGAAAUAAACUGGCAACCGAUUAAAAUACUGACGUCGCCUCGGACAAAGGACAAAUUGUUGUAUGCGGGAGCCGAAUGUCCGGAAGCCGAUGCCGAACUGGCUAGAAUUAAAAAUAGUCCCCGUGUAAAAGUCUAUAAAGAACAACAUAAGGAACUUUUCCAGUACGUUAGCCACCGAAGCGGAAUAAUGGUCGACGAUUGGCUGGGCGCUCUUUUGGUCUUCGACGCCAUCAAAAUCCACGAGAGUAACGACGCCAGCGUGCCCCAUUGGGUCACUCCCCGAGUUUAUCGGCAAUUAGAGAAAAUAACGCAAGACUUCUUCUAUUAUCCUUUUAGAACCGUAAAAAUGCAAAGACUCCGAGCAGGUCCUUUAAUAGGCGAUAUAGUGGAUCGUAUGCGGGAAAGAGACGAAGGGAAGUUAAAUAAUCUUACUAAAGUUUACGCCUAUUUUACCCACGACGCUAACAUCGCCGUCCUCCUGAAUGCCUUGAAGAUAUUUAACGGGCGAGCCCCGCCCUUCUGCGCCACCGUUUUAAUAGAACUUCACAAAAUGCCAGAUGCUUCUUGCGUUAAAGUAUUUUAUUCGAACGCCACCGAUCCGGAAAGCGGGGAGCAACGCGUUCAUUUAAUGACGUUACCCGAUUGCGGAUUGGACUGCUGCCCCUUGCCCACCUUUACAGAUAUUACUCGUCCUCUGGUACCCGUCGAUUGGGAGAAAGAAUGUCGACUGUCAAAUUCCAGUAAUUCAGGUUACACUAGCGCCUGGUGGAUACGACUGGAUUUAUUAUUUUAUAUAUUUGCUUUGUACAUCAACUUUUCGUCUUAGAACCUCUCUACUUUUACGCGUUCUGUACAUAUUAACAUAAAAUUUCUAUUUCGAUCCAACUGUUUGUUGUAUCGUUACGUCGUUAAACGGAAUCGUUGAGGACGAAGCAAAUAUACAUAGAAAUGCCUGAGAAACGAAUAAUAAGAGAAGGCGGUUCUUCUCCCAUUAAAAAUUAGACUUAGAAAACCAAAAUUGCGCGAGAAAAAGGUUUA